AUGGAGGUUGGGAACCCCAGAGCGGUGACCCCCAUAAGCUGGGGUCAGAGAUCUCAAUAUAUCAGGAGCAGAGGGCAUAAACUUUCCUUUAGGAAAGACAAAGCACAGAGGGCAGAAGGUGACGUUCGAGGUUCUCGCGUGGUCGAUAGGGUUCCUUCCCUUGAUCGAGUCGAGUCCGAAAGCGUCAGCCAGAGAAAUCGAGAUUCCCAAACUGCUCCUGUCUUCGAUAGACAGAAGCGCAGAAGCGCUAGCAGUAGUACUACUAGUAGUAGUGCUAAUAGCAGAACGAUCACCAGUGGAGAUUCCAAAAUCCAGGAUGCUGCUUCUGAUUCUGGAACGACCGAGUCCGUCGUGACGAGGAAGUCGAACAAGCGUGGGGUGAGGAAGCAGCACCCUGAGAAUCAAAAAAAGAAACAGAAGCAGCAGCAGCAACUGCUGCCUCCACCUACCAUCCGAAUUCAGGAUGAUAGAUUUGACAGAGUGUUGCUGAUCAAGCCUCGUCAAGAGGCUUUGAACUAUGCCAAGGAGGUGACAGAGACGUCCCCAGAUGACUAUCACGUCUUCUGGGUGGACGGAUCGACAGCUGCCAACGAGGCAGCGCCUUCUGGAGUUGCAGUCAUCCACGGGCACAGCGGACGAGACGCUGACGAGCUGUACUGCGUCGACGAGAUUCGGAUCAGCCAGUUGGCUGAGUUGUUUGCCAUUGGGGCCGGACUGAGAGCCGCAGUUCGCCAAUUGGGGCGGCUGCAAGUAUCAGGCCAUGUCGUCCAGUUCUUCACGGACUGCCAAGCGGCCAUGGAAAUGCUCCGGCCUGGGGCAAAAAGGUUGAGCCCACUCGCUGGCCGUCUGGUGCGUCUUGUUGACGCUCUCUCUCAUCGACUCUGCUCGAUGGGAGUCAAGGUCGAGCUUCAUUGGGUUCCAGGUCACCAGUGUGUUCUGGGCCAUAAGCGAGCUGAUUUAUUGUCCAGGGUAGUCACAAAAUUUAUGAUGAAUAAUCUGGAUGACAAGAUCGACCAAAUCAAUGCGGUUAGAGUGGACUGCACUUAUCUUGAGUUAUCCUGA